UGCAAUUCAAUAUUCUCAACAGCAACUCCACCGACGUCUUUGUCUACAACACUGUCCGUAUCUUCAUCGACCGGUGCAUCCAUAUCAUUGGCUUCAGGAGUGUCGCCAACGUCUGAAUCCUUAUCGUCGUCAACGUCUGAAUCCUUAUCGUCAUCUGAAUCGUCGUCAACGUCUGAAUCCUUGUCGUUAUCUGAAUCGUCGUCAACGUCUGAAUCUUUGUCGUUAUCUGAAUCGUCGUCAGCGUCUAAAUCCUUAUCGGCAUCUGAAUCGUCGUCAACUUCGGAAUCCUUAUCGUCAUCUGAAUCGUCGUCAACGUCGGAAUCCUUAUCGUCAUCUGAAUCGUCGUCAACGUCGGAAUCCUUGCCGUCAUCUCAAUCGUCGUCAACGUCUGAAUCCUUGUCGUCAUCUCAAUCAUCGCCAACGUCUUCACCACAAACAUCGGCAUCAAUGAUAAAGGCCCCCAAGCACUGUCGUGUGAAUGGAACACACGGGAAUUAUUCGUGCAAUAUUGGUCCACAAGGGAUGUUGCACGUCUCCGAAUCUUUGACUUGCGAAUGUAACACAGGAUUUCAUUUAAAAUCUGGAGAUCUCGAGAGAACCUGUUUACAUGGGGGGACGUGGAGCGGAAGUGAACCUAUGUGUAUCGCCUCUGGGAGCUGUAUGUGUCCGUGUGACAGAGUGACUAACCCCAGUUACACAUCUCCUAAUGACGAGGCUCUACUGAAGGAAAUCCAGAGGAUGAAACAGGAACUACUAAUUCUCAAAAACAUAACUAACAAAGCCUUAAGAAAAAAGAUCUCAAUCCCAGACUUCCGGCCCAGUGCAAAUGUUUCCGGAACUCCGUGGGUGUUACUUCUGGUUGCCAUGGUUUUGUGGAUUGUUGUACCAGAUGUGUGGACAGUAAUUCAACAAUUGAAGAUUCUUAUAUUUCGGGCCAGGAUUUAAUUUUUCAUUAUUUGUAAAUGGUGCUGUAUACAAAACUUUUAUUGGUCAUAUUACUUUUACAAUUUUUUUUCAAAAAAAUUGUUUCAAUUUGGCAUUACUUAUUAAGUUUACUAUUACAAUUUUGUUUUCAUUGAUUUUUAUAUUUCAUUAUUAAUUAUGGCUGUAUAACAAUAAGUCAGCAUUCUGUGCCUUGAGACAAAAUGUCAUCAGUUAAAAUAAUUUUAUCCCUUAUUGCAAACAAGGCAUGAUAAAAAUAGUCCUUCACUAUAACAAACGGUCGUUUA